AUGGCCCAGUCCACGGCUCACCGACGCCUCCUCCAGGAGUACCGUGCCUUGACCAACAACCCGCCCGAAGGCAUCACCGCCGGCCCCGUCACCGAAGACGACCUCCUCCACUGGGAAUGCCUCAUCCAGGGCCCCGAGGACACCCCGUUCGAGGGCGGCGUCUUCCCUGCCGAGCUGAGAUUCCCCAAAGACUACCCGCUCGCCCCGCCAUCCAUGAAGUUCCUCGUCGACAUGUGGCACCCCAAUGUCUACCCAAGCGGCCUGGUCUGCAUCUCGAUCCUCCACCCACCCGGUGACGACCCGAACCACUACGAGCAGGCCUCGGAGCGCUGGUCCCCGAUCCAGUCCGUCGAGAAGAUCCUCAUCAGCGUCAUGAGCAUGCUCGCCGAGCCCAACGACGAGAGUCCGGCCAACGUCGAGGCGGCCAAGAUGUGGCGGGAGCACAGGGACGAGUACGAGCGCAAGGUGAGGGACGGCGUCCGGCGAAGCCUGGGUCUCUAA